AUGUUAAUUUCCUUUCACGACUUACUUAUACGGUUGCUAUUUAUUAUCGAUUUUGUGCUGAACACUGUUUUCCGUGUUUUCGUGUUUGCUUAUUACAUCUUUAGUAAACUUAUUCAUCAAGUUUUCAAUGUAAACAUGGUCGAAAAUAAUAAGAAACUUAAAAGGAACCCAAUAGGGAAACCUAACCAAACAAUUGUUAAAAGAGGUGUUAUUGAUGCAAAUUGGCAAAAACUUAUGCAUUUAACAACCUUCAUGGACAAAAAAAGUGAAAAGAAAGAAGAUACGGAUAAAAAAGAAUCGUUUAAAGGUACAUUUCGUCGCGACAGAAAGAAGAAAACUAAUCAACAAAACAAUGUUGCAAACAACAUGAAAACUUUAAAAUUGAAUAAUAAAUUAACAGAAUUGGACAAUGAUGAAGUAGAUAAUGUUAAAGAGGAAACUAGGAAAGAUAAAAAAAAUAAACUCACUAAGUUUAUAGCAAUGGAUUGUGAGAUGGUUGGAAUAGGUUACAAUGGAGACGAUCAUAUGAUAGCUAGAGUAUCUUUAGUUAAUAAGUUCGGUGACUGUAUUUACGACAAGUUUGUUAAACCGCGAGAAGAAGUUGUAGACUAUAGAACUAGUAUAAGUGGAGUUAGAAAAGAGGAUUUAUUAAAUGGUGAAGACUUUAUAAUAGUACAAAAAGAAGUUUCUGAGAUAUUAAAAGGACGCAUUGUAGUAGGCCAUUCACUCAAGACUGAUUUAAGUGUGCUAUUCUUAUCACAUCCUAAGAAAUGUAUAAGAGACACAUCAAAAUAUAAACCAUUUAGAAAGAUCACUAAAGGCAGCACACCGUCCCUCAAACGUCUAGCGAAAGAAAUACUAGGUAUAGAUAUUCAACACGGGGAACACAGCUCUGUUGAGGAUGCCCGAGCUACGAUGCAGCUCUACUGCACAGUUGGCAAAACCUGGGAGCAAGCUUUAAGUGAAAAAAGGGGAUAUAGUCGUAAAUUUGUUGAGACAUAA